GAGAAUCCAAGUAAUGGUAUAAACCAUUUCAAAGAGCGACAUCAUGUGGCCAUGUUGUGUUAUUGCAGGUUUUACCUACUGGCACUUUCUUGGUUGGUCGGAAUGGUAACGUUUCAUUACAGAAACUUCUUACAAGCAAACCCACAAUUUAAAAACUGAUUAUUUAAAAUGAUAUGGUAAAUAAAUCUUCUUUGAAAAUGAAAGUUUAGAUUUUUUUGCAGCAUUUUUUAAAAUAAUUUUAUAUCUAAAAUGAAUAAAGGAGUAAAUCAGAUGAUGGUGGUUUUUAUCUGCUAAUUAUUUUAAUCUUUGAACUCUUGACAGAGUAACCCAAUGGGUCUAAGGGUUUUCUUUUGAAAUUAUGAUGAGCUUUGUUUCCUGUUCUGCUACUACAAAAGAAUUUCAAAGUUACGUGUGACAGUCAUGUUUGUGGUCACUGAUUAUCUUGCUGUUUGUGCAUGUGGGUGGCUGUUUUUGUAGGUAAGUGUGUUUGUGUGGCCACUGUGUGACGAAACAUGGGAGAGACAAGCUUGACUCAGUCAGUUCAGAUUCAAAUCCUCUCAGUGCUUGUAUAGCUGCUCUGUGGGCGAUCCCGUAAAGACACUGCUAGAAUGGGUUUCUCGUUACCCUCAUAAAUGUUGCCUAAAAAAAGCUUAGAGCUAAAGAUAUGAAUCAAGAUAAUGGUCAAAAUAGGGCGACCAGUAACCUAAAUUAAAAUUCUAAUGAGAUUUUAUGUGACAGACAGACAUAAAAUUGUGCAGAAUUGUUAAGUCACAUGUUUUACAAAUAAAAAUAUGUGGGUGUGUUUACUUAAUGUGUCCAGGCCUUUUUACCCUUAUAUUUCUAAACAGAAUCCAGGGGAAAAGAACUAUUCACCUUAACUGACAGGCCGAGCAAAGAGGGACCACAGGGUAUCAGGCAAGACAAUCUAAGGUAACUACUGUAUGAGGAAAACUCGGCCUCCUAUUAGUUGGAUUCUCCAAAAUCAUGCAUUUAUGGAAGAGCGGCAAGAGGGACAUGAUUUUUUGAAAGAAAAACACAACAACAUAAAAGUCCAUAUUACAGUUUGUCACAAGUCAUAUAAGGGAAAAUAUAUUCUGCUCUUUGACCUACCAGCCAAACACUAUUUCUGGCAGAAAAUUAAGAGUGCAUGCUCCUCUGGCCUGAAAAAAACGUUCUCACGGCAACAGUGAACAAAACAGUGAGGGUCUCGGUGGAUUAUUUAGAUCAAAGCUCAUGUUUAUGUCCAAGCUGCCCAGUCAAAGUCCAGGGCUAAGUCUAAUGGAGAAUCUAUGGAUGGCAGGACUGGAAAUAGAGGUUCACAGAUUCACCCCAGCAAGUUUGAGAACCGUUUAAGUCUAUAAGAACUGCAGCAAAAAUGUGAUUUUAGAAAGUAUUAAUAAACACAAAUAUAUGCAACACUUUGAAAAUAGGCUGUCGGGUUGUCACACAAUCAUGGUGAUAUUAAAGGCCCCUGUAGCUUUAACCAUUUAAUGUUGCAGCCUUUUUAGUUAGUGCAGAGCAUAAACUUGAUAAGUAAGGGAAGACUCUGCAUCUUUAAUGCAAUGAUUGUGUUGGGAGUUGUGCUUUCUUUUAUAAAUCAUGUGUUUCAUGACUUUCUUUAUUGGAAAAAAGCACUGAAAUAUAAAAGACAGAAGAAGAACCAGGAAGUGUUGUUGUACAGUUUCUGCCCACUUGAUCUGGGGGAGUAGGAAAGUGUCCGAACAGAAGCUGUGUGAGAGAGUCAGAUCGCUGCUGAAGAUGAUUAUCAUACCUGCUGUUUUCUGUAAGUAAACUGACAGCAAACCAAAACAGAAUCUAUGUUUCAAUUAUGUUUGCAGAUUCAAAAUUUAUUUGAUUCGACACUUUUUUGUCUUCAAGGCAUUUUCCUAAUUCUGGUAUCUGGCCAAACCAAUGGUGAGAACCAGUUGAUUCGGUAUUUAUUAGCUGAAUUUUAAGAGAAAAUAAUGCAACAUUUGUCUGUUUCUUUUGUGUAGAUUUUUUCCCUUUAAAGAUCCUGGUCCGGCAGAGAACUAUAAGCGAGGGCAGUGAUCUUUAUGUAACCUGCAGCAUUUAUGGGCAAAAGGCUAAACCCUCUGAUUUUGCAUAUUUACUGAAAAAUGGAAAAGGAUUUCUGAAAAUGACAAUGAAGCAAAAUUUGAAUGAUGUUACCUUUAAAAUAUCUAAUGUUAGUCUUGAUCACAGCGGAAAUUACAGCUGCUUUUAUUCAACUGAAAGUCACAACCUUACUGCAGUAGCUGGAACGGGACAGGAUGAUGUUGAGAUUCUAGUUAUAGCCCAUUUCAUCCCUGCAGUCCUUUCUGUAGUUGGGCCCGCCUCGGUUCAUGAGGGAAACCGUAUUGAGUUUAAAUGCAGCUUUUCUAGAACCCUGCACACCAUCAGUAACUGUCAAUUCAUCUACUGCUCCCUCAAGAAGAAUAAAACGUUCCUUCAGUUGCAAGUAUUUGAUGUUUCUCGGAUGGAGGCCUAUUUCGUCAUUGAAGGUGCAGUCGGGAGGGAUUCAGGUCAUUACAGCUGCCUCUUACUGCCAUCUAAAUGCUAUCAGACAAAAUGGAAGGAGCUACAGGGAAUCAAUGACGUGUUUCUGGCUGUCAAAGAGGAAUCCAUCUCCUGGGGAGCUAUGUCUUGUGGAUUAAUAGUCUUUAUAGUUCUUUUUGGUCUCUUUCUGCGAUGGAUCUAUCACAAAACCAGCUUCAAAGCUUCAUUUACGCCAUGGAUUGUCAGCUCUGAUCGUGAGGAGCAGAACACAGAAAAAUUGGAGCCAAUGAAUGAUGAACCCCAUGAAGAUGGGGAAGAUGACUCUUUCAGCAUGGAGAAUGAAGAACAGUAA